AUGAGCCCUCCAACAAUACUGCCUGUGGGGUCAAUCAAAGAGCUCGCUCAAACCGCGGCGCAGUCCAACAAAGAACAUCAGUAUGCACUCAAAGUCUAUACCGAACGAUUGCAGGCUGAGCUCGACUCGGUUGAUAAAUUGUUGUCGGUGGCGGAAUGUGUGGAAGACGAGGGCAAUGGUGGCUCCAAAGGGUCUAUCCUCAUCCCUGGAUCCAAAAGACCUACCGGACUUUUAUCAAGCGUAGAUUUUACCGCAGAGGAUUCCCCUUUCAGGGCCCAUAGUGAACGACGCAACCGAUUCAUUGAACUCACCGAGAUGCAUCCUAUGAAAUCCAAGGAGUUGGAAAGCCUAGCAGAAGCUGUUCGCACCGAAAAUUAUCGCAUAUACGCUUACGAAUCACAGAGACGAGGUCUUCAACCAUUCUUUGGUGCGCAUGAACAGCCUAAAAAUCUCGAGAUCAAUAAAGAUGGCCUCGAGUGGGAGCGAAUUGCAGAAAAAGUAGAUUCCGAUUCAACUUCCGCUAUCACCCGCACUUCGAUGGAAUGUGAGGUUCGUUGGUUAGGGGACCGUCAUCCGGAAUUCAACCAUACGACCUGGAUGGGCGAAGAGAUUGCCAAAGCUCGGGCACUUGUAACUGAUGUUCCGGAAGGCCAGGUGGACUGGUACGAAAUUGCCAAGAAACUCGGGACGAAUCGAACGCCUCUGGAUUGCAUGCGCCAUACGAUUCCCCGUGCCACCCAAAGUUGGACAGCAGAUAAUGACCACAAGUUAAUUCAAUCUGUGGAAAGAUAUGGCACAGAAAACUGGCAUUUGGUUGCUAGAAAUGUUUCUGAAAACGCUCAACCUGUUCAAUGCCAACAUCGAUAUCUGCGUACUCUGGAUCCAUUGCUGAAGAAAGGCAAUUGGACGCCAGAGGAAGAUCAGAAAUUGCGCCAGGCAGUUGCCUUCUAUGGACACGCCUGGAUCGAGGUUGCAUCAGUCAUUCCUGGAAGGAACAACGAACAAUGUCGUGACCGAUAUUCGGAGAGAUUGAACCCGAAGAACGCGAGGGGCAAAUGGACCGAGGAGGAGGACGAAAAGCUACUCUCUGCUGUCGCGGAGUUGGGUGAUUCGACAUGGAAAGCGAUCAGUGAUAAGGUCGGGACUGGCCGUACAGACAAUAUGUGCCGUCACAGAUAUCAACUAUUGAAAAAACGACCAAGCGUAACCACGACGACGAUGACGACGACGACGACAGAACCGACCGCGGCAGCAGCAUCAGCGACAGAUAAUCCUGAAGCGGGGCCUUCGACGUCUGUUCCCUCGGGAGAGCUCGUUACGUCAAAACCAAAACCACGUCCUCGCAUAAGGAAGAAA